ACCCUGCUGCACUCUAACGAUGCGUUGCACCUUUUACAAGAGAGGGUCAGCAAAACGACCACAGGCCUCAUUUUUUCUUCUCUAACAGAGCAGCUGAAGACGAUCACGUCCAUCUUGGAGACUUGGGCAAAAAUGGACUCCUUCCUCUCCAACUCGUCUGUGCCCACGGCCGGCCUGAUUGGAUUCUUGUCGGAUGCAUCGGGUGAAGGAACUUGGAACGACGCGUACCAUUGCGUGGGUGCAACUGUGACGAAUGCAAAGAAGGUCGAAAAUGGCUUUAAGUUCACGGGGUCCGAAUCAUACGCCAUGUGGCCGGUGAACAUGCGGAAGUAUCACUAUGUGCACAGCGUUGUGAAUUACGCGUUCACGCUUGUGGCGACGGUGACCAUCGAUGAGGUUCCGAACGGGAGCGCUCCUGUGCUGGGCGCGGGCUUGGAGGACAAUGAAAACACAAAGUUUGUGGGGCUGUCGUACACGACGGAGAAACAGUGGGUAACAGUCUUCGACGGCGCCACGAGAAUAAUACGCAACAGCACUUGGGAGCCGGGGAAGGAGUACAAAGUGGCGCUCAUGCUGUGGGGUAACAAGGGCUCCGUGUACGUGGACGGCGUGCUUGUGGGGAGUUCUGACACACUACCAACCCUUGUGGCACGGAGGCAUGAUAUCUCUCACUUUUACUUUGGUGGCGGCGAAGACACCAGUGUGACAGUAAAGGACGUCUUUUUGUACAAUCAUCCACUGAAUUUCAUGGAUCUCAAAGAAGGUGACAGCUACGAUGCGUCUGAGUAA